UUUAUUUAAUUAUCAUUAACAGAUGAAAAAAAUCAAUAUUAACAAAACAUUUCGGGCUUUUUUAAAAAUAAAACAAUAAAACAAGUUAUUGAUAAGAAAGUUUAAGAUAGAAACAAAAAAACAACAAAAUACGUGGACAUAUUUCAUUUUGCAAAAGUUAUUUGUUAAAACCACACGAAACAAUAGAAUCGUUCUAAAUAUUUUUUAAAACAGCUGCACACGUCAGCAUUUUAGUUAUUAAUAAAUAAUGGAAAAUAAAGAUAAUCCUCCGAAAUGUAUACAUUUAAAAGUUUCCUCCGGAGCACCAGUAUUAGUUAAACUAACAACUAAUGGUACUUCACACUUUUAUACACCUAUACCGGGUGGUUUUCCUCCGGGAGCUGGCGGUCAAGGUCCUGGGCCUUAUCAGGUAGGACCUCAUGGUCAUAUGCCACCACCGCCUCAAGCCGGUACACCACAACCUCAACAGCAGCAGACGUCAUCAGUGGGAAAUACUUCUCAGCAACAGCAGCAACAUUCACCAGCAUCACAUUCCGCCAAUCAUUCACCAUCGCCACCUAGUAAUAACUAUCACAAGGAUGAAAGAACUCAGAGACAGCAUACCAAAUUGUUAAGAAAACUGGACAAGCAACGUUCUGCUGUUUCAUCGCCAGCACAUUCUCCGUCACCCCGUCGCCAAGAGCCACAAAUGAAUGGUCACAAUACUAAUAAUAAUGGAUCUUUAAGGUCACAACAACAACAACAGCAGCAACAUAAUAACAACAACAAUCAUCAUCAACGCAAACAACAGCAACAAACACAUCAACAACAACAACAACAGCAGCCACAACAGCAACGUAAUGGUAAUGUUUCUAAUUAUAAUAACAGACAGGGAGCCUCUUCAGUUGCCUCCUCUGAAGAAGGUGAUGAUAAUUUAUCUUUAGGUGUUAAUGGUGCUGACGGUGAUGAAGAAGAAGAUUAUCAGGCUUCAAUAGUUGAACAAUUAUCGACUAUACAAAAGCCUGAAGUAACUGACAUAACAUCACGUUCAGCCAAAAUUGUCUGGGAGGCACCACAAUGUAUUAGUGAAUCCGCAUUGCAGUUGAUAAAUAUGCGUGAGUUGCGUUACAAUGUCCUCCUAAGCGAUCGUGCAAAAGAAUGUAAAUAUAAAAGUCUGUAUAAAGGUUCCUCGUAUGAUUGCAUUGUACAAGAUUUAAAGCCAGGCCAAGAGUAUGUGGUACGUUUACAGGUGCACUAUGAACAUUUACAUGGUACAGCCUCAGAGCCUACAGAAUUUACAACGCCAGCAUGUGAACCAGAUCGUCCAGCAGCGCCUCGUAUGGUAAUGUGCACCAAGAAUUCAUUGCAUUUACGUUGGAAUAAUCCCUUAUGCAAUGGUUCUUCGAUACAGCAUUAUCUUUUGGAAUAUGAUGAGGGUAAGACUGGGGCACGUGUGGUUAAUGAGGCCGCUUGUAAAUUUGUAGAAGCUGUUAAGACUAAAGGCAGACAAUACAUAAUGACCAAAUUACAACCCUCAACCAUUUACAAUUUUCGUUUGGCAGCUGUAAAUGAGGUAGGACCUUCGGCCUAUUCGCCUGUGUGUACCUUUAGUACCCAGGGCAAUCCUCCUUCAGCUCCAAAACCUCCUACUCUGCAAGCAUUUAAUUCUUCAUCAUUGCGUCUGGUUUGGGAAAGACGUCAGUCAGAUGGUGCUACUUGUAUUUAUGUCCUACAAAUGCUAGAUCGUGGCUCUGGCCAUGGCUAUUUAAAUAUGUACAAUGGUCAAGACUGCUCAUACGAAUGUUGUCAGUUACGCCGCGCCACCUUAUACUAUUUCCGUUUAAGAGCUGAAAAUGAAGCUGGUGCCUCUGCUUGGUCAAAUGAGGUGGCCUAUAAGACAGCACCAGAACGUCCAGGACGUCCAGGAAAACCUUAUGCAAAGGGAAAAAUUCAUGGUACUCACUUUCGUGUGCGUUGGGAACCGCCUACGGACAAUGGUGGUGCUGAGAUACAACGUUAUUAUUUGGAAAUUAAUGCAGGCGGUCAAAAGUUCGAUCGUAUAUAUACAGGUGUUGACUGUGAGGCCUCUUGCGAUCGUUUACAACCUGGCACUACCUAUCAAUUGAGAGCUUCCUGCGAGGGACCAGGUGGCUUAAGCCCUUAUUCGGAGGUCAGUCACAUUACCUCUGAAGCUGUAGUACCUGCUGCUCCACCUUCACCCUACUAUGACAAUCCGCCCGGGCCUUAUGCUGCGGUCUUAAGACUCGAUAAGCCGGAAUAUAAUGGUGGUGCUCCCAUUUUAGAAUUUGAAUUGCAAUUGCGUAAAUGCUCGGAACAGGAAACACCACGCAGUGUUUACCGUGGCAAAGAUGCCUAUUGCGUUAUUAAAGAUCUGCAGCCGGGCAAUCAAUAUGAGGUGCAAGUGAGAGCUAUUAAUCGCAUAGGAGCAGGAGCUUGGUCUCCUUGGUUUAAAUUUAGUUCCGCUGCCGCCGCUCCCAAUUGCCCAGAAUCUUUAAAGGUCAUCAUCAAAUCAGCUACACAAUUACAUGUUUCCUGGCAAGAACCAGCGAAUAAAGGAGGAGCCCCCAUUGCAGAAUAUAGACUAGAAAGUGCCACAGCCUCAAACGUGUCAAAUGACAGCGAGUCAAGUACACCACAACCUCCUCCCUCCUCCGCAUUUCACACUUGCUAUCAGGGUCUACAGACCAGUGCGGAUAUACGUAAUCUAAUGCCUUUUACUUAUUACUAUUUCCGUGUUAAUGCCUGCAAUAUGGCGGGUGUUAGUAAAUGGUCACCGUUGGUAAAUUGCCAAACGCCAGCCGCCGUGCCAUCUGCUCCUCAAAUCAAAGACUUGGAAUUUACUUCAAACGAUGCAACAUUACGUUGGUCCUCUCCCGAAUGCAACGGUUCAGAAAUUACCAACUAUACCAUCGAAUAUGCUGAGCGCACCAUCAUGACUUCGGACAAUGCCUGUGAGUACACCGUCACCAAUUUACAACCAGAAACUUCCUAUAAAUUCCGUGUACAGGCCAUUAAUGCCAUUGGCUCUGGUCCCUACUCUCUCUAUGCCAAAUUGACUACACUGCCCUCACCUCCAACGCCGCCCAAAUUGGAAUGCUCUGGUGUGGGUCAUAAUUUCAUCAAACUAAAAUGGGGCGAUGGCAAAAAUUUAGACUUUACCAAAUUCUAUGUAGAAAUGUUUGUCCAAAGAGCUAAAGAAUUCCAAGUGGUAUACUCUGGCACCAAUUGCAUGUGCAAAGUCAAUAAGCUGCAGGAACGCACAGCUUAUACAUUCCGCAUUUGUGCCGGCAACGAUCGUGCUGGCGUAGGCGAGUAUUCAGAAGAAUUUGUAUUCUCUACCUCGGCCUGUCUGCCGAAUAGCAUUAAAGCUCCUCGUAUUGCUCAAAAUUUACCAUCAGCUGCCUCCUCUGCGUCUACAUCGUCUGCUAAUGCAAAUAGUGGUAGUUCGCCAUCCAGCUCUUCGUCGGGUGGUGGCAUAAUACCAUCCGGUUUGCUACCAGAAACUCCCAGUUUUCUAACCGGUUUGGGUAAUCUAAUGUUGGGUGUGCCUCUGACACUGGAAUGGCAACAUUCAAAGAAUUCCUUCUCAGAUCGUGUGGAAUAUAUGCUGCAGUAUGCCAUUGGCAAAGAUGGUGAAUUUAAAAAGAUAUACCGUGGCAGUGAGACCAAAUUUACAAUCGAAAACUUAGAACCAGGUGGCCUAUACCAAUUUCGCGUGUGUCCCAUUCGUGUUACGAACAAUGGAGAAGAUUUAUUGGGUGCAUAUACACCACCAUUCCGUCAUCAAGUGCCACUCAUACCUUCACUAGACGAUAUUGAUGGUAAUCUCUUGGGCAAUGCAGCAGCUCAAAUGUUUGCCGGCCUUAAUGCAGCCUCUGGCAGUGCUAACCAUGCCGCCGGCUCAUGUCAUGGUCAUUCACAUCACCAUACGCAUCAUUCCCAUAUGGGAGGACAUAGUCAUCAUCACAAUCCCCUACAUUCCCAUCACAAUAGUAGACACAGUGGCCAUCAUAAUAAUAGUAACGGCGGUGGUAGCAAUGAUUCAAAUUCCAAUACAAAUCUUCAUCAUCGUUCCGUCUCUGCUUCGGCUGGCAGUUCGAGUAGCAGUUCAAACAGCAGUAGUAGUAAGAAUCAGAAUUCCAAUGCCAAUAAUACACCGAGCAACAAUACGCUAUUGAUUGGCAGCAAUGCUAUCGGUUUUAUACCCAUUGGCAGUAUGGCCAGUGAACUGGCGGCUAGUUUUGCCGGUUGUGAUGAUCCCAAUCAUCAUCACCACCAUCAUCAUCAUGGUUUUCCCGAUGUCGCUAAUCAACUUAAUGCCACAGCCUCGAGUACAAGCGGCAGCAGUAACAGUUCCAAUAAUCCACAAUCGGCUGCCUCUCUGCUGGCUGCCAGCGCCAAUCAAUUGUUUGCCAACAAUCCCAUUCUACUGCAAGCUGCAACGGCUGCCAUCAGCCAUCAUCAACAUGUUUUGGGUCAUCAUCAUGGCGGUGGGGCUCACAAUCAAAAUGCCGGUGCUUUAAGACGUUUCGUUACCAAACUCAGUUCGGUCUAUUCCAAUCGUAAACGUUUCUCGGAUCAAGAAAAGGCUGUAAUUUUUAUGGUUUCAUUCUUAUUCUUCACUUUCCUCUUUGCCACAUUAGUUAAAAUGUUUAUGCGUUAAGUUUCUAAAAACGAAUUUAUAUAUUUGGGAUCCAAUAAAACUGCAGCGAUUUUCUUUUUUUUU